GGGAAGGAAGCUGUGUGGCAAAAGUUGUUGAUGAACUUCCCCCUCUGACGCUACAGUUCGGUUAGCAAAGGGGCUAACUUAUUGCAAUGCUGCGACACAUCAACAAUUCUGGACGAGGCCAUUUCUCUUAAAAUGAAUUCACCCAAGAGGACAGAUACUGGUCAAGAAUUAACACCAGAUCCCGGGAUCUCAGGAUCAGAUGGGGUGAUUGGCAGGCAGCUUAGUGAACCAGGGCGAUUUGCAUAUGCUGGCCUCUGCGGAGUGUCCCUCGGCCAUUUGUUCUCUGGACCCCAUCAGAGGAGCUUCCGGGAGCAGUUUCUGGAAGGCCUGGUGCGCUGGCUGGGCCUGGACGAGUCCGUCAUGCCGGUCAUGGAGGCCUUUCUGGCUGGCUUGGGAUUUGAGGGGAGCGACACCUUCCUCUCCAUUCUGCAGGCAGAGCCGCUGCUGAGCACUGGAGCUGCACCCAUCACUCAGGACCUGGUGUUGUUUUCUGUGAAAGAUGGUCAGUAUGAUGCCAGGUCUCGGGUUCUGAUCCGCCACGUAAGCUGCCUGCUCCGCGUCUCCCCUCAGCAGCUGGAGGACUUUGAGGAGACCUUAGGGGAACGACUGAGGGAGAGUGGAGAAGAAAGCGAGGAAGAAUCUUCAAGGCGACAGAAGAAAGAGAGAGGGCGUAAAUGGCGACGGUACUUGCUGAUUGGUCUAGCUACGGUUGGAGGGGGCACUGUGAUUGGUGUGACGGGUGGGCUGGCGGCGCCCCUAGUGGCAGCAGGAGCCGGGGCCGUGCUGGGUGCCGGCGGGGCGGCUGUGCUGGGCUCAGCCACGGGCAUCGCCAUCAUGGCGUCCCUGUUUGGCGCAGCAGGCGCAGGACUAACGGGCUACAAAAUGAACAAGCGCGUCGGCGCCAUCGAGGAGUUUGAGUUUCUGCCGCUGAGCUCUGGGAAGCACCUCCACCUGACUGUGGCUGUGACCGGCUGGCUUUGCAGUGGAAAAUACAGCUCGUUCCAGGCCCCCUGGUGUAGUCUGGGGGCGUGUGGGGAGCAGUACUGCCUGAAUUGGGAGUCUCGCUUCCUGCGGGACCUGGGCUCGGCCCUGGACACCAUCGUGGAUGGCCUGGUCAGCAUGGUGGCGCAGGAGGCUCUCAAAUACACCGUGCUGUCAGGAAUAGUGACUGCGCUGUGCUGGCCGGCAUCGCUGCUGGCUGUGGCGAGUGUGAUUGACAACCCGUGGAGCGUGUGCUUGAGUCGCUCGGCCGAAGUGGGGAAACACCUGGCUCAGGUGCUCAGGAGCAGGCACCAGGGGAAGCGACCCGUCAGCUUGAUUGGAUUCAGCCUCGGCGCCAGAGUCAUCUACUUUUGUUUGCAGGAGCUGGCAAAUGACCAAGGCAGUGAAGGUGUCGUAGAAGACGUGGUGCUGCUCGGGGCUCCAGUGGACGGAUCGGACAAGGCGUGGGAACGGCUGUCCAGGGUUGUAGCCGGCAAGAUUGUGAACGGAUACAGCAGGGGAGACUGGCUUCUUGGAUUCCUCUACCGGAGCUCGUCUGUCCAGAUGUCAGUGGCCGGCCUACAGCCCAUCAGCCUGAGAGAUCCGCGCAUCAUCAAUGUGGACCUGUCCUCCGUGGUGAAUGGUCAUUUGGACUACAUGCGUCAGAUGGAGACCAUCCUGGUGGCGGUAGGGGUGCCCACGCGUGAGGGGGCAGGCAGUGUGGCGGGGGCGCAGCAGCUGAUCUUUGGCAUGACCUCAGGUCUUCCUGGUGCCAGCGAGACCUGUUCUAAGACGGUGGAUGGAGAGGGCCCUAAGGAGUCUCAGGAAGGCUCGAGCAGCAGCGCCACCACCGACCAAUGCCAGGAGCAGAGGACGAUGGCAACGCCGGCGUCAGUCACGGAGGAAUUGAGUGAGGCGACGGAGAACGGCUGGGACAUACCAGACAUCUCCGACCUGCUGGACUCCCUCAAUGACCAGGACGGCGAGACCCUGCCCUGUCCUGAAGGGGACGACCAUGACUCUUUACUUUGUCCAACAGAGGACACCGUUCACCAGGACACCCAAUGUGAAGUGGAGAACUUGCCCAGUGAAGGGGAGACUGCAGAAGACUCUGAAAAUAACUCUUGGGACUGGAACACCACAAACUGGACCACUGAACACUCACACACCAAUGAGGGAGACCAAACACAAACUCAACACAUGUUAGGUGACAAAAUGCGUAAUGGAAAACCUACCAGGCCUGUUGCCCUGCACUCAUUGGCUGGGCCCACCCAUUCCUAUCAUCACCCAAUGACGGAUCACACAGCGAAGACUUCUCAAAAUUCAAAUGACAAUAUUCAUUAAUUCAAGGAAACAUCCAUGGAUGUUUUGUCGUAAUUUAAUUUAUUUCUGUGUAAAAAAUCUUUGUCACCAGUACUGUAACUAUAUGUGUAGCUAAACAUUUUAUUUCAAAAGUCCGUGCCAUGUGAUGUGAACAGAGUGUUAUUAAAGACAGUCAGUAUUAAA